AUGGCUGACACACCAAGCGAACCACCUCCUGACUAUGAAAAGUCCACCGCCACUCAGGGCACCCCCCAGCGGCCUUUACGGAAAGGUCCUAUACCGCUAGAACUCCCAAUUCUUAAGCAUCUCAACGGCAAGAGAGUGAUUCUUGCAUCUGCCUCACCGCGAAGAAAGGCAUUGCUCCAACAGUUUGGCCUUACAAACCUUGAGAUUCUCCCAUCCACGAAACCCGAGAAUCUCGACAAGGCUGCAUUAGGUCCUUACGAGUAUGUAGCUGCAACUGCUCACCAAAAGUGCAUGGACGUUUAUACUACCGCACUUGAAGUUCAUCUGAAAUCUAUACCGGAUCCUGAUCUGGUCAUUGCUGCGGACACUGUUAUCGUUACCAAGGAUGGUCGAAUUCUGGAGAAGCCUCGAAGUGAAGCUGAUCACCUUCGCAUGCUCAAGCAUCUGCGAGACCAGAGAAUGCACAAGGUCUUGACGUCGAUUGUAGUAAUCGCGCCAAGAGAAGACGCGAGACAUCCGGGCUAUGUCAUCGAUACCUACACAGAAGAGACCAAGGUGUACUUCUUGAGUGAAUCUGAAGGUCUCCCUGAUGAUGUGAUUGAAGCGUAUGUCAAGACUCGUGAGGGUGCGGAUAAGGCCGGUGGCUACGCUGUGCAAGGCGUGGGCGGCAUGUUGCUUGUCGAGAAGCUUGACGGAAGCGUCGACAACGUCGUUGGACUUCCAGUGAGAAAAUGCAUGGCUAUGGCGGAGAAAGUUAUAUUCAGGCAGGAAGAGGAGGACUUUGAAGGUGAAGGGGAGGAGGAGGACUAG